UAUCUUUCUAAAAUAAAAACUUUGGUUACAUAUUUAAUCACACACAAAAAAAAGGAUGUUGGGUUGAAUUUAUAUUGUAUAAAGGUGGAUGGUUUUUUUCAUGAUUUUGGAUUCAAGAACAUGGGACAUUAUCAUGGUUCUAGGAUUCUUUUACACUUUCUCUUCAUUAUCACUUUCAUUCUUGUAUCUUUUUGCUGUACACACAUUUUGUUUGGUGAUGUCUCAUUGAAUGCUACAAAGUAUUUGACUAGUAUUCAUGGUUUUAAAAAGCUACAUUAUUUGCAUAAAAAUGGGGAUGGCAAAGAAAGUGAAAGUGGGAAGAUCUCUGGAGAAAAGCAAGUCUUUAUUGUGGAAAAGUUCAGAACUUUACUUGGACUGAGGAAUUUCAACUCAAGAAAUGGUGAUUUUGCAUAUAUUUCAACAUCACCUUCACCUUCUCCAUCACCUUCAAUUGCACCUGAAGCUCCAGCUCCUUCUCCGGCGCCACGAAUUCAUCGGCAUUCUCAUCGACAUUCUCAUCACAAUCCCUUUAUCCCAGCUGGCCUCGGGAUAAAGGAAAGAAGGAGAAAAAAUAAUACUAGUAGAGUUUUAGCAGUUGUUCUUGUUUCUGCUGGGAUUUCAACUGCAUUGUGUGCAAUUGCCCUUUUCUUUGGCUGCAAAAAGUUCAGAAAACAAAGAAAGAAAACAACAAGAUCAGUUUCACUAUUCAGCAGUGAAGCAGGAAGUGUAUGUAGAUCAAGGUAUGCUAGUUCUCAGAAUUCAGUAAAGAAGGUAAGUUCUGAUCCAGGCCCUGACCUUUUUUACCUUGAUUCACUAGAAGUUGCUCUAGAAUCAUCAGAGCCAAUUUGCUUAAAACAAAAUUCUGUAACUGAAAAGAUUUACUCAAGUGAAAAUAUAGCAAACAGUACAUUGAGCGAGAAAGCAGAACCAGAGCAGGAAAUCAGUGUGUCAAAGCCUGAUGGUGAUAAUAAAUGUUUAAGUGUUGGAGAAAUUGUGUGUAUUUAUGAGAGUGCUGAUUCAGUUAAGUGUGAAAUUGAUGAUUGUAACUCUUCCAAUGGUGACAAAAUAGUUCCUGAGGAAGCUCAUUCAUCAGAUGAUGAAUUAUUUCAUUCUUUGUGUAAUUCGCGUUCGUCUAGUACUAGACUAUCCAAUGUUUCAGCUAGUAGUCUUAUUGAAACCUCAGAGUUUAUGCCUCAAGAUGAAUCAAAAGUAUCACAUUGUUCUACAUCCUCCUCAGCACAUUUGUCAACUCCACCCCUGCCGCCCCCACCGCCUCCUUUGCCUUCAUUUCCACCACAAUCUCCUUGUAGGUCUACAGCUUCUUCAGUGAAAAUGAAGGCUAAAGUUCUUAGUCAUGCUCCGUUGCACAUUGAAUCAUCUACUAGAAAUUCAGAUUCUUCUUCAGGAUCAAACCAAAGUCCGGAAAAUGACUUGUCACAAUCACCUCCAAAUCAGGCUAAUCCUGCUGGAGCAAUUCCUCCCCCACCUCGUCCCCCGCCAUUCGCAACAGGAAGUAGUAUUAAUAUUUCGAAAGGCCCGCCCCCUCCACCGUCUUUGCCUUUCCAACACUUGGCAGUAGGCAAAGAUGGAAGUCCACUCCCAAAACUGAAACCACUUCACUGGGACAAAGUAAGAGCUGCAUCAGACCGCAAGACUGUUUGGGACAAGCUGAGACCAAGCUCGUUCGAAUUUGAUGAGGAAAUGAUUGAGUCACUAUUUGGUUACAAUCUGCACAAUUCAAUGAAGACCGAUGAAGGGAAAAGCAAAACUCCAUCUCCAAGCAAGCAUGUUCUUGAUCCUAAAAGACUACAGAACAUAAGCAUACUAUCCAAAGCUUUGGGUGUGACUGUUGAACAAGUUUGUGAAGCACUAAUAAAAGGAAAUGGAUUGCAUUUGCCACAACUAGAGGCUCUUGCUAAAAUGGUACCUACUAAAGAAGAAGAAGACAAACUCUCAAGUUAUAAAGGAGAUAUUAAUGAACUAGGGUCAGCUGAGAAGUUUGUAAUGGCAAUGCUUAAGAUUCCAUUUGCAUUCUUGAGAAUUGAAGCCAUGCUUUAUCGCGAGACAUUUGAUGAUGAUGUUCAUCUUCUCAAGAAGUCUUUCUCUAUGCUAGAGGAGGCGUGCAAGGAACUCAGAUCAAGCCGACUGUUCUUAAAAUUGCUAGAAGCAGUGUUGAAAACUGGAAACAGGAUGAACAUUGGGACGAUAAGAGGAGGAGCAAGAGCAUUCAAACUUGAUGCACUACUUAAACUAUCUGACGUGAAAGGAACUGAUGGAAAAACUACACUACUUCAUUUUGUCGUUCAAGAAAUCAUUCGAUCAGAAGGCUUAAAAGUAUCCCAAAGCAUAAUGGGAAAGAUAGACCAGAAACGCAAGAAUAAAACUGUCCAAGACAGAGAGGAAGACUACAAAAGGAUGGGUCUUGAUCUUGUUUCUGGUCUAGGCACUGAGUUAUGCAAUGUCAAGAAAACAGCCACAAUGGACUUGGAUGUAAUAGCAAGUUCAGUAUCAAAUCUCUCAGAAGGAAUGAACAAGAUAAAAGCACUAGUAACAAAUGACUUGCCUGCAGUUGAAAAGAAUGGAGGUAAUUUUGUGCACUCAAUGACAGCAUUCUUGAAUUAUGCAGAAAGGAAACUAAGGGAAUUGCAGGAAGACGAAAAUCGAGUACUUUUACGUGUUAGAGAAGUCACAGAAUACUUCCAUGGAAAUGUGAGCAAAGAAGAAUCCAACCCUCUCCGGAUUUUUGUGAUUGUGAGAGAUUUCUUGGGCGUGUUAGAUCAUGUAUGCAAAGAGCUUAGAAGCUCAAAAACUCCCAAUAGUCCUAACCCUUUAGCUCCAUUUCGAUAGGCUCUGUGUGUUAAUAGUUUUUUUGUUUCUUCUUUUAACAAAUUCAACUAUUGUAUAAGAUUUUGUAUCAAGAAUUCGCAAGUCAUUUGCCUCAA